AUGGCUAAGUCACAGCUGCACGAAGAACCACAGCGCGUACCGGCGUUCUGGGAGACGUACCAGCCGCUGGACGGCUCGAGGGUCGCAGGCGACUUGUUCACGUCGUUCAAGUCGUCCGAAGAGGUGCUGAGCCUGACGUCGCACCACGCGCUUUUCCAGCAGGACCAGAUGCACAUGUACACGGACGGGCUGGCCACGAACCCGCUGGUGUUCGGCGACUCGCACUUCCAGUUCCAGGACCACGGCGAACACGGCGGGCACGACUCGUGCGACGCCCACGACGCCCGCGACAGCUAUGCGUACAUCUCCGGCUCCAGCUCGUGCGACGAACUUCCGCCGGCCCACGCGCAGCCGCACGGCGCUGGCGCGAGCGCAGGCCCGCUCACCUUCUCGGACCUGGAGGAGUCCGACUCCACCGACGCGGACGCUCUGUUCGUGGCCGAGCCCUGCGGGCGGUCGCGCUGCGCGCUACCGGCCCGCUCGGACUCCUUCGACCUGGCACAGUUGCUCUACUCGCACUCCAGCUCGCCCUCGCGCCCGCCCUGGAGCCUGGUCGACGCCCAGAAGCGCAACAAGAGCACCAACGACGUGGCCAGCGGACGCCGUUCCUCACACUGCCGCGCCAAGCGUCCUAGUUUUGCGACGCUCGACGCUGGCAAGACCGCCUCCGAAGACGCGCGGGCCGUGUCGAAGCUCAAGCUCCAGCCGCGCUACGUCUGCGCCAGCUGUGGUAAGUGCUUCAACCGGCCCUCCUCACUGGCCACCCACAACAACACCCAUACGGGCGACAAGCCCUUCACCUGCCCGUUCGAGAACUGCGACAAGCAGUUCAACGCCCGCUCGAACAUGACGCGCCACUACAAGCUACACUUCAAAACAGAGGGCGGCACUUACCUACUGCCGAACGGCGAAGUGACCCGCGCCCGGCCCCCCAUGCGCCAGCUGGUCGGCAUGCAGAGCAACGUCGCGGCGUCGGACCUCAUCUCCUUCUCGGAGACCUCCGAAGACCUGCCUCUCGCGGGCCCCUAA